UUUAGCGCUGCACGCGCACUGGAGCCCGUGAGCGGAGACGAGGCUCGUUUAGUAUUCCGUGCACAAGGCGAAGGAGGGAGAAGGGAGGGAGGGCAGAGAGUGAAAUAGAGAAAAAACGAGGCUGUGAAGACAGGCGAAAACACAGAAAGAGAGGAAGAAGAGGGGAGCGGAGAGACACCUCCUCUGUCCCUCUCGGUCUACUCUUUGGCAUCCGUCUGUCCCAGGCAAUUUCAAAGCUCCCGUAGAACAUUCCAGAAAUACAGCCAUGGACCACAAUGAACAUUAAAGCUUGAAUGAAAAAACAAAGAGACAAAUCUAGUGGAAAUACACUACACGUCUCAGAUUAAACCCUGCCCUGAUGCUGCUUUAAGGACUGAGCCUGAAAACACUCUCCUCUUCCCUGACUGAUGAUUUAACUGAGAGUAAUAGCCCACAAAAUCUAGGCUAUGUUUUCUGAACAACAAACCUAAAUAUAGUGUCACAGUAUAUUCAUUGAAGAAAAUAUUUGUCUGAAUUGAAUUCCCACCUUCACCAUGACAAGGACUCAGGGAUGUCAUUGUCAUCUUUUAUAACAAGAGCCUAUGUUAUUAUUGAAAAGAGAGAUUGUGGCUCACUUACCAAUGGGUUUAGCAACCAUUAAAAGUUUCAAUUAACGGUCAUAAAGAGACCGUCUCAGCUCCUUGUUGAAACAUUGUCCUCCAGAAUCCAAAACGAGGCUCUGUUUUAUCAGAAUCCUACGGUAGAAAGUGGCCAGACACACCCUCUCCGCUCAGGCGCUGUCCAGUUGGUGCGGGCGGUGAGGGCUGCACUACAAUUGGUUGAGUGCGGGGUGGGUGUGCGAUGCAGAUUGGAGGAUGUCGGGGGACUGGGAAGACGACCUUUGUAAGAGGGCGUUGGUGCUGGUGGAGGAACUGUGCUUCCGGUCUGGAGGCUUCAGACAGAGUGCGAGCUGCCAAGAGUUCAGCGACAUGAUGAGACCUAACGGACCCAUAAACACAGAGAUCUCUGUGAGUCUGCUCUCCGUCAUUGUAACGUUCUGUGGCAUUGUGCUGCUCUCUGUCUCUCUCUUCGUCUCCUGGAAGCUUUGCUGGUUGCCGUGGAGAGAUAAGGAAGGAGGGGGUCUGAGCUUGACGUCGGGGCUCCUGCCUGGUGGUGCCAGUUUGGGCGGGGUCGGAGGUGGAGGGGGCUCCUCGCUCCUUCCUCCCCUCUUGCAAAAGAAGGAUACUCACUCCUCUUCCUCACUGUAUCCCUCGCUCUCCCAGCAUGGGCAGCAUCACCCCCAUUUCUCUGACCUGAUGGGGGUGGAGGGCGGAGGGGGGCUGGUAGUGGGGGGUGUGGUUGGGGGUCCACAGGAGAUGCAGGAGCAUUCCUACCUAGACAUGGACACUUAUCCCAACAAUGCUGCAAACCUUAAGUUGAGCCAGACAUCUCCCGAGUUGCCCCCAGCAACAGAAGGAGGCUCAGCUGCGAAAGACCUGCCCAAUGCCCACUCUCAGCCGCAGGUCACCACCAGGCCUAAGCCCAUGACUCACCAGCUCUCCAGCCCUGAUUUCCAUGGUGAGGAGAAGAGUGAGCAGCUGACCAGCAUUGGGCAGAUCAAACCAGAACUUUACCGGCUGCGCCAGGGAGACCAGGGCGAUGGCAAACAAGGCGACAACUGCGGCAAAAUCAGCUUCCUUCUGCGCUACGCCUUCAACACCGAGCAGCUGGUGGUCAAGAUACUGAAAGCCCUGGACCUCCCGGCGAAGGAUGCCAAUGGUUUCUCCGAUCCUUAUGUCAAGAUCUACUUACUGCCUGAUAGGAAGAAGAAAUUUCAGACUAAGGUGCACAGAAAAACUCUCAACCCGAUCUUUAAUGAGACGUUCCAGUUCGGCGUGCCCCUGGCUGAGCUGCACUCGCGCAAGCUCCACUUCUCCGUCUACGACUUCGACCGUUUCUCCAGACAUGACCUCAUAGGUCAAGUGGUGGUGGAUAACCUGCUGGACUUCAGCGAGGGAACCGGGGAGAAGCCUAUUUGGAGAGACAUUGUGGAAGGAACUGCGGAGAAAGCUGACCUGGGCGAGCUGAACUUCUCACUGUGUUACCUGCCAACAGCUGGCCGACUGACCGUCACCAUCAUUAAGGCCACCAAUCUGAAAGCUAUGGACCUCACAGGCUUCUCAGAUCCAUACGUGAAGGCAUCUCUGGUUUGUGAAGGUCGAAGGCUGAAAAAGAGGAAGACGUCCAUAAAGAAGAAUACUCUCAAUCCUACGUAUAACGAGGCUCUGGUCUUUGAUAUCCCCAACGAGAACAUUGAGAAUGUGUCGCUCAUCAUUGCUGUCAUGGACUAUGACUGUAUCGGUCAUAAUGAGGUAAUUGGGAUGUGCCGUGUGGGCAGUGAUGCUGAUGGGCCGGGAAGGGAGCACUGGACAGCCAUGCUGGCGAAUCCCCGCAAGCCUAUUGAACACUGGCACCAGCUGGUGGAGGAGAAAUCUAUAAACACAUAUGUGUCAAAGAGUGCCGCAGCCUCCCCUAAGCCACACAUAGUGGUGGACAGCCCUCACUCUGAGUAGAGAUGUCAGCAUUAUCUUUUUAGCAACAGAAAUACAUUCUUUCUUUUCACCUGUGAAUAAUUUUUCAUCAAGAAAGAAUCAGAGAAGAGAGACUGUGCUUGCAUUAGUGCUAUUCCUCUAAAUCAACCCUGCAGACCCAACACAAUAUAUAGAAAAACACCUAGACUAGACCGGACUCACUUACACACACACACACAGGUACAUCCACACACACAAAAACACAAACAGACAUACAAACACAUGGAAUCAUAACAAAACUACUGGCAUGGAUGGUUUUGCUUCAGGAAUGAUGUUAAAAUCAAAAUAUUUCAUGAUUUAUUCAGGGGAAAUAUGACAAACAUUCCCACUUUAAAUAGAUAAUCUUUAUUUAGUUAUUUGAAACUGAGCCUACAAAAAAAAAGAGAUUUUAAUUACUUAAAAAAAAAAAAAAUCAGGAGAGAGACCUGAUAGAUUAUGGACCACGAAUGUUUCUGUGUAUGUGUGAGCGCAUGUGCGUACGUGAGUUUGUACGGGUGUCUGUGUGUAGCUUUAGAAAAUCUCUACAAAGUGUUUUCAGUCGGACAAGUAGCUGCAAGUUCUCGGAGUGGUCUUCUCUGCCAAUGCAGAAUCCUUGCAACUGUUUCCUGUUUCUCUGGAGAGGAGGACUACUUUAUGACCGUUCCCAUUUGGAGAAGGAGAAAUAAGGACGGAAACGUUGGCCAAAUCAUGUCGUGCAGUAUCGAAAUGUGUCCCUCUGCCUUUUACAUUUUUAUCACCUUCUGCUUGGAGCUCAUUGAGAUAAGCAGUGUUUCCUUUUUCCUUUGUUUACCAGAGUCCAACCAUUCUUCUUGUUCUACCAGAUACGUACGGAACGAAAUGGUUUGAGAAUAUGUUUCCCUGACCUGGACACACUGGCAGACUGAAUCCCCUUGAGAACUUUUCCAAAGGGAGCUAUCGUUGAUUUCAAAUAUUGCCAGAGGACCCGAACCGAGACGGACCUUGGAUUUGUGUGCACUUCCUGGAAACAUAUCCUAGGGGGGAAAGAUCUGGCCAUAGUAUUUUAUUUUUGUACCAUGCCAGGAUAUUUUUUUGGGUUCUCUUAGACAUUUUUAAUUUCAAAAGAGGAAGUGUGUGCUCUCCAUCAUCCUUCUGCCAAGAGGACCGCUUCGGAAAGACGCACGCAUUGAUCCUCUUUUUCCUCCCGUGUAUCCUAUGUGUUUGUGGGAGUGCUUUUUUUGUGUCGAUAUGUGUUGGCUCGUCGGUUUGUGUGUGCGCGUGUAUGCCCGUCUGUCGGUAUAUGUCACCCCGUGACCCCGCGUACGUCUCCACUUCCUUCACCCCGUCCUGUGUCCUGCACAGAGAAAAUCUCAUUUUGAACAAUCAAGUGUCUCCUGUCCUGUGUCUUAGAGGAACUGUUUCUUAUGUAGGACCUGUUGCACUUGGUAGGGACAUGGUCUAUUUCUUAGACGCGCGUUUCGGUCGUUCUCCGUAGAAUGUGGUAGUGACCUGUCUCCGUUGUGUCCCUAACCAGCUCGUCACUGAAACGUGUCCCUAGCCUGAUCUGUGUUCUCGUGUUGGAUGUGCUUUUCUUUUUUUUGUAAAUGUGCUCUGUGUGUACGAGGGGACAAAUCUGGUGGCCACAGCUAUGGAGGAAUAAAAUGUUGGAAGUUUUUCAUUGUCUUUAAAAGAAAAAGGGGAAAAAAAAACAAAACAAACAAACUGGUUCUCUUCAUCUCUUUUGGCUAAUGUGACUAUCUUUUCUGUCUGAGCAUUCCUUGCAAACAGAGACAAAGAGGGGGACACGUCUUUUAUCGUUUUGGUGCCACAAGAUAAUUUCACAUUACUGACUGACUUCAGAUGCAAUGUUUUUUUCCUUCUUCUUGUAUUUAUUCAAUCAGGUCGCUGCUUCUGUAGUCAGAAACAUAGUGACCAAGACACUCAAUUCACACACCCUUGAUAUCCAGGGUCACUGCCGCUAUUAAAAGGAUAAUUCACCCAAAAAUGAGAAUUCUGUCAUCGUUUACUCGCCCUCGUACCGUUCCAAACCUGCAUAUUUUGAAAAACGUCUCUACAAUGAAAGCCAAUGUUGUUUUUGGACCCUACUGGCUUUCAGUUGAGACUUCCUUCAAAAUAUCUUUUGCAGAUGAAAGAAAGUCAUGCAGAAAUGAGAGUGAAUAAUGGAUGAAUUUUCAAUUUCAGGUGUACUAUCCCUUUAAUAUCACAGUACAACCACUGCCAAUGCUACCGCACGCAUCCCUCAGUUGAGGAAUACUGCAUUACCAAUCACUAACAUUCAUGUUAUUGAAAUGUACAUCAGUAUAAUUGUUUCCCAAUGAAACCCCUAGAGCUCAUAUUUUCUCAGUUUCUAUUAUUAAUCACAUGCCAGGCCUUAGGACGCACACACACGCUCACGCCGGUGUGCACUCAGUCCUUAGUCCGUUAUCGUAUAUCAGCUCUUGUUGUUUUCUAAGAGGCCAUUGAUUCCGUCAUACACGUGGAUGUGGUAUCGACCUGCAGUCUUCAGCCCUAUCCAGCUCCUGUCUCCAGGCCCAUCUCUUCUGCUGCCUUAGAUCUUAGACACUGUGGAGGCACAACCCCUGUAGAGUGACCUCUGACCCCCUCAUCAGCUUCCACACAAUACAAACUUUAAUGAUAGCUUUCUCUUCGGUUCAGCCCAGCCCAUAUGUUUUUCUCUCCAUCUCUGUUUGUCUCCCCUCUUUCCUCUGUCUCUCUAUGUCAGUGCAAUUCUGAAUGAUCCUGAGGAAAUGUGUUUGCAUGCUUAUAUUAACAUGGAUGAUGUCAACUUGAUGCAAUGAUAAUUUAAUAAGUGAUGCUCAACACAAAAAUCUGACGAUGAACUUGAUACUAACACUACUAAUGACAAACAUGUUGACCUAGCAACCUGUUCGAUAUCAUCAAAACACUGAUGAUUAAUGUUGUUAAUAUUGUAUAUCCUCUUUGAAAUGGUAUUACAGUUUCUGGGUAUAUUUUUGUUUGUUUGUUUGUUUGUUCGUUUGCUUUUUUAGUUUUCUUUAAAAAAAGGUUUACUUUUUUAUAUGUUGAGAUUACGCUGAGACUUAGAGCAAGAUAAAAAUGAAAUGCAGUCAGGGUGAGAGAACAUUUCAGCUGAAAAAAAAAAACAAAAUUGAAAAAAAUAAAAAAAAUAAAAUAAAAUAAAAUAAAAAAUCUCCCAAAAAACUGUUAGGAGGAUGAUUAUGUGAAUGAUAAGGUGAUGAUUCUAAGGCUGGAGCGAUGAUGGCUGAAAUAAAACAUAUGUAUGAAAAAUCAUUGCGAUGUGUUUGCGUGAUACAGCUGUCUGUGUUUAUGUAAUGGGUUGUGAAUCACCUUGACUUUUCUGUCUACCUCUUACUUUGUGUCUCACCCUGUUCCCCCUCCUGCUGUGCAUUAACUUGUGUGUAAUUAUUUAGUUACCAUCAUACAUUUUUUAUCGUUGACCCGCUUUAUAUAAGCAGUGUGGAGCAUUGCAUCCAUGUACAUGCUUCUUUUUUUCUGUAUUUCCAUAGGCACGCAAACACACUCACAACCACAUAUGUCAUACCCAUAAAUCAAACCUGGCCCUU